AUGAAUCCAGCCUUCCAUCCCGACACGCCUCCGCCUCCGCCUCCCAAACCAGGCAGCCACGAGGCUAGUCGAGGGGGGACACCGCAGAUCAACCCAUCUACACCACACCAGUACCAGGACCCUCGUUACGGACUGAACGGCAUGGGGUCGCAGGGAUUCCAUCAACACACUCUCUCCGGCAUGGCUCAUGCCAAUCCUCUUCCCCAAGCUCCGACUGCCGAGGAGGGAUGGCUGCCUGACGCCGUCAAGGACAAAUCGACCGUGGACCUCCAGACCAUCCUUAAAGACCCGAAUCUUCUCUCCGCGCUCGCCAGCCAGCACCCCUCCUACUCCGCCCAUCAGGAGAAUCUCCAGUCGCGACUCAAAUACAAUGAAGAUCUAGCCAAUCGUCUCCUGGAGCUUCAAGCCCAUCUGACAGAGCUGCGCGGCUCGACCGAAACCCUCCUCUUGACGCAUCAAUCCCUCGAGGUUUCCUGGCGAAAGAAACAAUCGGAAAUGGAUACCGCGUUGGCUCCGUGGUCGCCAAAGGCACUGUAUCAGCGACUGGCGGCGUCUAUUGCCGAACAGGAAGCUGUGUGCCAGGCGGUGGAGGAGAGCUUUCUCGAAGAGGAGCAUCAUGGACGGGCAACCGAGAAAGAAGUGGCUGAUUGGACCCGGCGAGUGAGGGCUGAGAGUGCCAAAUUGGCCGCCAGAAGGGAAGCCAAAGCUAGAUGGGAUGAGGGCAGAGUGGGUGGAUGGAGGUGA